CACCAGGCAAUGAUACUCAAAUUUCAGAAUUUCUUCUUCUGGGAUUAUCAGAUGAACCAGAAUUACAGCCCAUCAUAUUUGGGCUUUUCCUCUCCAUGUACCUGAUCAUUGUGUUUGGAAACCUGCUCAUCGUCCUAGCUGUCAGUUCUGACUCCCACCUCCACACACCCAUGUACUUCUUCCUGGCCAACCUGUCCUUUGUGGACAUCUGCUUCACCUCUACUGUCAUCCCAAAGAUGCUCUGGAACAUCCAGACUCAGAGCAAAGUCAUAACCUAUGCAGGCUGCAUCACACAGAUGUACUUUUUCCUACUCUUUGUAGAAUUAGACAUCUUUCUCCUGACUGUGAUGGCUUACGACCGCUUUGUGGCCAUCUGUCACCCCCUGAACUACAUGGUCAUCAUGAACCCCCGGCUCUGUGGACUGCUGGUUCUGGUGUCCUGGAUCAUGUUUGUCUCCCUAUUUUAUUGUACUGGCCUGGGAGUGUACCUUAGCUCUGCUGCUACCCAGAGCUCCCACUCAAGUGCCACAGCCUCAGUGGUGUAUACAGUGGUCACACCCAUGCUGAACCCCUUCAUCUACAGCCUGAGGAACAAAGACAUGAAGGGGGUGUUUGGCAACAUCCUUUCACACAUGGCCAAAUAUCCCCACGGGCCAACUCCUGCCUGGUUGAGAACCGCUGUGCCAGGGUUUGAGAACUGGAAGCAUCGUGACCGAAUUCCAAUCAAGGCUUCAUCCAGCAUGACAAUUUAUAACUGCGAUAUUAUGAUUUACUGGGUGGCUGGGUGGCGCCAUUUUUCACCGCUCCUGCGCAUGCGCCUGCGCGCCGACAAGCCCUGCAGCAAUCCACCCCAGGAGGCUAGCAGCGCCAUCUAG